CUUAAUCGUCACGAUAUGCACCGAGUCCAUAAGCUUCGUACACGGUAUCUCAUUGCGCUCUGCGCUAGCCUCAGAGUCUCAGCUUCGUUUCAAUACCAAUCUGCGCCUUGCUUAAUGGUGUCUCGGUUAUCCUCUUCAUUAUAUCCUACAGCUCAGCCUCAUUCGUCGUAUGUGUCGACCUUCAAACGACGUCACACACAUGUGGAGCAAGGUAUUGCUUACCUCUCCUCUUUUUAAGCGUCGCACUC